CUACCCAAUUAUACUAGAAGGAUGCGUGCCUCACAAAAAAACCUACCUUUAAAACUCACAGACUCGUACCUCUCCCUUUGAAAAGAUUUGCUGGCUAGGCUUCAUUCUCUCUUCUGUGUUCCUCCUACCUUUCCAAAUGGCCCAGCAGAAGGUGGUGUUGAAGGUCAUGACCAUGACUGAUGACAAAACAAAGAAGAAAGCAAUAGAAGCUGCAGCCGAUAUAUUUGGGGUUGAUUCGAUUGCGGCAGAUCUGAAUGAUCAGAAGUUAACGGUCAUAGGGCUAAUGGAUUCAGUGGCAGUGGUGAAGAAGUUGAAGAAAGUAGGGAAAGUGGACAUAGUAUCAGUUGGGCCGGCUAAAGAAGAGAAGAAAGAAGAGAAGAAGGAAGAGAAGAAAGAAGAAAAGAAAGAAGAGAAGAAGGAAGAGAAGAAAGAAGAGAAGAAGGAAGAAAAUAAAGAGGAAAAGAAAUAAGUAAAAAAAGGCUAAAUUUCAAUCAAUACUACUAAGUGCUCUUGUUAUUGCUAUUUUCCCAUUAAUAAGAGGCUUGCUUUUAAU